UUUUCUUUCACCCGAACUCUUUUUCUGGAGUGAACUUGACUGUUUCCGCUUCCGCCCCAGCUGUCAACAAACCAACCACGAGUUUUCACGGCAAAGCUAAUACAUCUCAGUUUCUAUAAUGCCGAAGACACAGAAAAAAGGGAAAGCCCCGGAGAAGGUCGUGCAUCCGUACAGUCGGAAAGCAGCCUACAUGGCCCGCGAGGAAAUACGACUCAAGAAGAAAGAACGACAAAAAGUUGAAAAAGCUGCACGUCUGAACAAUAUUGGUGAGAAGCUGUUAUGGUUUCAGGGCCAGUUGGACCCAGAAAAGACCACAUUUACAAUGAAGGAUGCUCGUGACAUCAUCGAAAGGUACCUGCAGCGGUUCGACGGCGAGCUGGAGCAGAUCGAGCUGGUGAACGGCAUCAAGGGGCGUCAGGGGCGCGCCCACGGCGCCAGGGAGGACUUCAUCAAGCAGACCGUUGAGCGCGAGCGGGCGCUGUACCACGGCGCCGGCUUCGAGAUCCCAGACUUUAUCAACACCAAACAUCUGAAAACAUUCAGGGAAUGGACGGGAGAUCUGAAGAAACUUCCGAACAUUCAACUCAGGAAGGUUUCCCACACGGCCUUGGAAGUCAAGGACAAAAAAGAGCAGACGCACAACCAAGAAGAAAAAGGCGACGACGAAGAAGAAGAAUUGGAUGAUAAUGAAAGUGAUGACAACGAUGACGAGUUGGACAAAAGUUCUCUGAUGUCCGACUCCAGCUAAGACAUAUCGGUUUCCUUUCAUGAGCCUUUUUAACCACAAACAACUUUCUACAGUUUGUUUAUUGCACAGGCUAAGAGUCAGAAUGUGUUUUUAUCCAAUCAAAAAGAGAGAGGGGAAAAAUGGCAUCGUUCUGGUUUUGCCAACUUUUUGUGGAGACUCUGGUUGAAAAAUGAACAAAGUCAUUGUUUCUAGACGUAGCGCCAAGGUGAAAGACUGCAAUCUGACCUUUGAACCCUCCCUCCCCUCAAAAUGAUGUCUUGAAGCUACAAAUGAUCAUGCUUACUGGGGGGAGCUGACUGUCCAUGUGGGAAAAGCUGUACGGAAAUAAACUAACCAAACCAAA